AUGGUCUACGGUACUAAAGUUUUAUUGCUCUUCGGGCUUAUAGCGGUCUCCCAGUCAAGAGGUUCUGAUGUCCUAAAGGAAUACGAAUUUGCGGGGAAACUAAAUCCUCUGGGACUACAAUUUCUGGAUUACCUUCGGAAUGAAAUAUGGCCGGAAUGGAAUAAAAAGGAGCCACGACAAGAUGAUAUUGACAAAUGUACCACGGACCUGACUGCUUUGCUUAAGGGUAUUUCAUCUCAACAGACUUGGGCCCUGAAAAUGGUCGACUCCUGGGGCUCUAUUCCAUCGGGUCUUUUCACCGGUGAUUCCUACGACCUGGGAAACUUUGAUGAAUGCCUAUCUAUCGAGAAGUUGGUCGAAGAAAACAGGAAAAUCAGUGGCAAAGUCCUUUUAUCAGUACUUAGUGUAGUUGUGACGAUUGCAACGCUCUAUGAUUAUUUCCUCUGUAAGGAUCAGAGUCAAAUGCCAGUCAUUGUAAAAUCGUUUUCUGCCAGAGCCAACUCGAGAGCACUUUUUAGAGUCGAAAACAAUUCCAAUCCAAAUGUGAUACAAUGCCUUAAUGGAAUCCGCUGCAUGUCAUUGAUUUGGGUGAUAUUUUGCCAUGAAUAUGCAUUCACAAUGAUAUCCCCGAACCUGAAUACAUUGGAUCUGGUUGCGUGGGUUGCUGAGCCAUUUUCGAGUUUUAUGGUCCAUGGAUAUUUUUCGGUGGACUCAUUUUUUGUGCUUGGCGGAAUGCUGGUAUCCAUGAUUGUGUUGCGAACUAUGGAGAAAUCCAAGGGAAAACUAAAUCCCUUUAUGAUGUAUCUGCAUCGUAUAAUCCGAAUCCUGCCUGUCGUGGCCAUCGCCAUACUCAUCUACAUGAGGAUGAUGCCAGUUGUGAGUGGAGGACCCAUGUUCAAGGGGGGAUAUCAUGGAACACACGCCUGUGAAAAAAAUUGGUUCUGGACCUUGCUUUUCGUCCAAAACUAUGCAGUUUUAAACUUUUGCCUCAAUCAUUCUUGGUACUUGGCAGUGGAUAUGCAGUUGUACAUAAUCUCACCUAUUCUCCUGAUAGCUAUUUACAAAUGGGGCAAAAAGGCUGCUGCUGGAAUAGUGGUAUUAAUAGUUUUGCUCUCCGGCUGCCUUUUUGCCACACAAAUGGUCAACAAGUACUCAAUUCUCUUUAAAAACGGUGAUGACGGUGAUGGCUUGGGCAAUAAAAAGUUGUACCUUGCCACUCACACCCACGCGGCGCCUUGGCUGAUUGGGUUUCUUUUUGGAUACUUCUUGCAUCUGAAUCGCGGCAAGAAGUUCCUGCUCUCAAAGUUAACGGUGUGGUCUGGAUGGAUUUUUACCCUGGCCAUGCUGUUUACUUCGAUCUUCGCCCUCUACCCAGCCGGAAAAUUUGAUUCUCCGCCAAUUUCUAUUUUGGCGGAAUCUUUCUACUACACCCUAACCCGGGUGGGUUGGCCUUUAGCCAUUUGCUGGAUCGUCUUUGCCUGCAUGCAAGGAUAUGGAGGCCUGGCCAAUAGUUUCCUUUCUUCUCCGCUGUGGCAGCCUUUUUCCAGGCUUUCAUAUUCAAUGUUUGUUUGGCACAUGUUUGUCCAGGAAGUCAACAUCCGCAAUACCAGGACAAACACAUACUUCUCCAAUUACCAAGUGAUGCUUCACUUCUGGGAGGAUUUCGGUUUCAUAUUGGUGAUGUCCUACUUUUUGUAUCUUAUCGUCGAGGCUCCUCUGGGUAUUUUUGAUGUUCUUUUGCGAAAGCGAAGAGUGCCUGCUGUACGUACGGAGCCAAAAUUAAAUCCGGAAGAGGUUGAAGUAAGCCAAACAAGUCAGAAUGAAAACCAAAACCUUACCGAAAUGAAUCCCCAAAGCAAAUGUAAUUAA